UCAUUAUCAGCUGGUAGCUGCUAGCUGCCUGCUGCCAUAUGACUGUCAAUUCUUAAAUAAUAAAAAGCCAAUAAUUGAAAUUCAAUUCAAUCAAAACAGACUGUUAAUAAGUACAUACUUUAUAAGAGAUAAAACUUUCAGAGUUCAUAGAAAUGCUGAUUGAAAUGUGUUUAAAUAUAUAAUAUAAACGAACGAAUAAAAGCAAAAGAUUAUAUAACAUAAAUAAUGGCAUUUAAAAAGAUAUUAAUUGGAGGAGGAACUGGUUUCAUUGGUCAGCACCUUGGUGAGAUGUUAAGUAAAACUAACUACCGUGUAGUAAAUGUGUCUCGAAUGCCCAGUGCUAAUGCAAUAUCUUGGACUGCAGUAGAAUCUGGAUCUAUUGGCCAUGCUCAUGCUGUUGUUAACCUUGCUGGUCAGCAAACUAUGGAUUUUACUAGGAGGUGGACGGCAGGAUUCAAACAAAAUGUAAGAAACUCUAGAGUAUUUACCACUAAGUCUCUAGCAGCAGCUAUCAAUAAAAGCAACGACAAGCCAAAAGUAUUUGUUGUGGUGACUGGUGUUGGAGCAUAUGAACCUUCGGAAACUAAGAAGUACAAUGAAUCUAGUCCAUCAACUGGAAAAGACUUCUUUUCACGAUUAUGUGUGGAAUGGGAAGCAGCAGCUAAAGUAGAUCCACCUGUGCGACUAGUUAUAAUUCGAUCAGGUGUGGUCCUCGGCCGCGAUGGGGGCAUGGUGAAAAACAUGAUUUUACCAUUCUUCUUUGGACUCGGUGGCCCGCUGGGUUCCGGGAAACAAUACUUACCCUGGAUACAUGUUGAAGAUUUGUGCCGUCUUAUAACUUUCGCUAUAGAAAAUGAUGAAGUGAAUGGCAUAUUGAAUGGUGUUGCCCCUCAAGUCAUUACAAAUGGAGAAUUUACGCAGGCAUUUGCAAAAGCGCUAUCAAGACCAGCAUUCCUGCCAGCUCCUGAAUUUGUUCUGAACUUGCUUCUCAAUGAAGAAAGAGCAAUGCUUAUGACAAAGGGACAACACGUCACACCGAAAAGAGUUUUAGAUUAUGGCUUCAAAUAUAAAUACGAUAAUAUCGAUGCGGCCUGCAAAGAAUGCGCGCAUUUGUUCCCGAAUAAGUAAUAGAUCUUAAUAUCAUGGCUAAGUGGAUGUUAAUUAAUACGAAUAAAGUGUGAUCAAUAAAAAUCAAUCUUUGCAUUGCAUAUGCUUCUAUUUUUAUGUGGUUCGCCUGACGGUAAGGUUGAUUGCAGACCUUACACCUCUACAAAUGGAUUUCCGACUUUAAAUUGGAAAGAGAUUAAUAAAGGAUUUGCUAGAAGAAUAAAAGACUAGGACGGGUAAGGAAAAGGAUAUGGGCCUCCAGCUCAGCAACUCACCGAACGAAACACAGUAUGCUUUUUCAGGCCGGUCUUUUGUGGAGGUGAGGUACUUCCUCGUAGGAACGACUACCACAAACAGAAGCAGUCUAUGCCCGCUUUUAAGGGAUAAGAAAGCUAUUGACGACUGGAAUAGAGGAAUGGACGGGGAAAGUAGAGAGAUGCGGCUCCCUGUACUCAUCAUAAAACAUAGUAGCAUUCACAUACUAUUAUUUAACACCGAAAAUCACAUCUUCGUACAAUAAGUGACAUUAAAAAAAUAUUUGUUUUAUAGAUAAUAAUUGUUUGCAUUAAAUGAGGGCCCAUAUUGAGUAAUUGUUUGGUAAUUUUAAAUGUCAUCUUAAAAAAAAAAUGUUUGUAAUAUUAUUCUGAUGUUAGUAGAAUCCAAAGAUUUUGUAUAUUUUCGCUUUUGGUAGAAUCUAAUAAUAUGUUGAACAAUAAAAUCUAGUGACAUUAAAUAAAAUGAAUUACAACGUCACUAUAUUAUGUAAGUAUCACAGCUUUUAUUUUGCUUAUAACAGAAACAUAUGAAAAAGUAUUGGGUUUUUUCGUUUCUUAAUUUUGUAUCAUUGUUAUGCUGUUUUUAUUUAUAAAUAAAGGAGUUUUGA